AUGUAUAAUUUACAGGCUUUCAAUACGUUCAUUGACGACAUGUUCGCAUUCAUAAUAACGAUGCCCACAUCGCAUCGUGUUGCCUGCUUUCGAGAUGAUGUCGUUUUUGUUAUCUAUCUCUACCAAAGAUAUCUCUACCCAGUGGACAAGUCGCGUAUCAACGAAUUUGGUGAAAGUUUCGAGGAUGAAGUGCAAAAUAUUCAUGAUCGUAGCAAGGUACCGGCGCGACCUACGAAAGAUAGCAAAAAGGAUUCAUAA